UUCGUAACAACUUAAAGCAUUACGAAACUUACAAUAUAUAAAAUAAACGUAGCAAACAAACCAUUGUGUUUGUUGUUGUUGAUUAAAUUCGACACUUAUUGACGUUCACACAAAAAAACCGACUUGCUUGGUGGGUGAAACAACGACAAAAACGCCACCUGCUGGAGGGAGACACGUUUUCCGCCGAGUUGGACCUCUCGCUCCCGAACUCUUCCCUCUCUGACGAGCUCCCCCGGGGGUGACGUCACCUCCCAUCGCACCGACGGACAACACGCGGAUCCCUGUCUACGUGGCGGGGCGGAAGAGGAGCGCGUCUAGCGGAGAGAGUUGUCAGCAAGCGAGACAAACCGCCAAAGAAAAACAGUGCUGUGGUCGACGCGUUGAUAUGACGUGACCGCUAGAUGGCGGUAAUACACCAUUGGAAUUACAACUAAACUGUUGCGUGAACCGCGUGGCCAUGUUCAUUUGGAAAACGUUUCGGGAACAUUGCAGACGGCAAUUCUAAUGAAUAGAGCCGACGUGAUUCUACAUGAUGAACAUGUCUGACUCCAACCCUCCCAUAUUCCCCCCCGCUCCCCUCUCUGACCCCCCCCACACCGACGCCAACCCCCCAGGAGAAGACGCACACACAGCUCUCCCGCCUCCCACACCCAUCCCCCAGCCCUCAUUGGCCACGGAGGGUUCCGAGGGCUCUGAGCCAGCCAACCAGGUGGCAGGAGAGGACGUGACCAGGGACGACAGAGAUGAGGCUCCUAUUGACCAAUCAGGGGGCGGAGGCGUGGAGGAUCAGGUGACUGAGUGUGGCCAAUUGGUGAGCCUGGAGGCGGAGACCGCUGCUGCCGAGGGGGAGGAAGAGGACUCUCUUCAGGUCAAGGGGAAAGGUUGGGGUGGAUGGGGCUCCUGGGGAAGUCUCUACUGACCAGUGCCACGUCUACUGUGGGUAA